AAUACUUUCCCCUCCUACUGUCGUCCCCCUUCACAGUUUCUUCUCUGAUCAAAACCAGCACUCAUCUCCUCCCAAACAGAGCCACGCCACCCAAACCCAUAAGCUCCAGGAACCACCAACGAUGGUUGCAGAGACCUCCACCGCCGCCCCACGAGAAUACCCCAUCAAAACGGUCGUGGUUCUAGUACAAGAAAACCAUUCAUUCGAUAACAUAUUAGGCUGGCUAAAGACCCUCAACCCAGAAAUUGAUGGAGUCACAGGAUCCGAAUCCAACCCCAUCUCCACCUCCGAUCCAAACUCACCUCUCGUAUGCUUCGGAGACAACGCUGCAUACAUCGACCCUGAUCCUGGUCACUCCCUCGAAGCUACUUACGAGCAGGUGUUCGGCGUUGAAUGGACAGAAGCAGCAACUUCUAGCGAGAACACUCUGAUACCGAAAAUGAAUGGGUUCGCUCAGAACGCGGAACGCACCAAGCCGGGAAUGGCGGAGAUAGUCAUGAACGGAUUUAAACCGGAGGCUUUGCCGGUUUAUAAGGAGCUGGCGAUGAAUUUCGCGAUCUGUGAUCGGUGGUUUUCUUCAAUUCCUUCGUUGACGCAGCCGAAUAGGCUGUACGUGCAUUCGGCGACAUCGCAUGGAGCGACGAGUCAUGACACGGCGGUACUGGCAGAAGGGUUUCCGCAGAAGACCAUAUUUGAGUCGUUGGAAGAGUCUGGUUUUACUUUUGGGAUUUAUUAUCAACACCCUCCUUCUACUCUUUUCUUCAGGAACCUUAGAAAGUUGAAGUACUUGAAGAAAUUCCACCAGUUUGAUCUGCACUUCAAAAAGCAUUGCGAGGAAGGGAGGUUACCAAACUAUGUGGUGAUUGAACAAAGGUAUUUUGACCUUUUAAAGUUCCCUGCAAAUGAUGACCACCCAUCACAUGAUGUCUCAGAAGGCCAGAGAUUUGUGAAAGGAGUAUAUGAAGCUCUGAGAGCUAGUCCCCAGUGGAAUGAAAUGCUCUUCAUAAUCAUUUAUGAUGAACAUGGAGGUUUCUAUGAUCAUGUUCCUACUCCUGUAACAGGUGUUCCAAGUCCUGAUGAUAUUGUUGCUCCUGCUCCAUAUUUCUUCAAGUUUGAUCGCUUAGGUGUCAGGGUUCCAGCAUUUUUAAUAUCUCCCUGGAUUGAGCCUGGAAUAGUACUGCACGAACCUUCAGGACCAGAAUCUACAUCACAGUAUGAACAUUCCUCAAUUCCAGCAACGGUUAAAAAACUGUUCAAUCUGAAAGAGUUUUUGACAAAGCGGGACGCAUGGGCUGGAACUCUUGAGGGUGUUUUGACUAGAACGAGCCCAAGAACAGAUUGUCCAGUUACAUUGCCGGAACCUGUGAGACUGCGAGAAUUUAAUGCGAGAGAAGAGGCAAAUCUUAGUGAUUUCCAGGAAGGACUAGUCCAUUUGGCAGCAGUUUUGAAUGGAGAACAUAAAGAGGAAAUUUAUCCUCGAAAACUUGUGGAGGGCAUGAUGGUUUCACAAGCUGCAAGGUACGUAGAGGAUGCUUUCCAGAAAUUUGUUGAAGAAUGCGAGAAAGCCAGGGAAAGUGGAGUAGAUGAAUCUGAGGUUUUUGUCUUCCCCAAGUUACCUACCAACUCAACCUCCAAAAAUUUCAUUGAGAAGUUGUUUUCUUGCUUGAUAUGUGAUCAUUGACACUUCAAUCCGUUUAUAUCAAUUUUAUGGAUUUUGCUUUUUAAAUUAAUAAAAUAAAAAUUUUUAAAUUAAA